AUGGAGCUGCCCGCCACAAUCACAUUGUUAACCUGCUGCCAGCUGCUCUUGCUGCUGCUGCUGCCCACGCCAGCCCAGCUCCAGCAUUAUUAUCCGCACAGGCGCCUCUACUAUGAUGCGGCGCCACGUUUGCGCCGUCUGGAGUAUGUGGCCGCACCCUAUGUGGGCGGCUACGUGGCGCCACCCGCUGCACACUAUCAACAGCAGACGCCCAAUUUCCAGCUGAUCAACUAUCGUGCCAGCUACCAGCCACUGACCUUGGAGUACCAGCAACAGCAGCCACCAGCACCACCGGCAGCUCCGCCAGCGCCAGCCGCUGCCUUGCCUGCACUCUAUCCACAGUCCAGUGUGCAGUAUGUGCAGCGCUCUGCGGCGCCGCAAACGGAGCUGGCCAAGUAUCGCUAUGAGGGCAACUAUAUGCCCAUUCAACAGCGCGUACCAGUUGCAGCUCCUCCGCCGCCCAUAAGCCGGCAGCAGCAGCAGCAACAGCAUCAGCAACUGCAGCAGCAGCAACAACAACUGCAGCAUCAGCAACAGCAGCAACAGCAGCAACUGCAGCAUCAGCAACUGGGACAACGCACCCGUCGCUAUGCAUCCAAGCAGGCAGCGGAUGCGGUGGCUGCAGAGUCCAGAACGCGACCCACAAAGGAAUCCAAAUAUUUUCACGACAUCCUGAUGAGAUUCGAUGGACCCCACGGACGCAGUCAUGGCCAUGUGGUGGAGCAUCCCAAGCAGCGGGAGCGACGCUUUGAAACGCAACGCGGCACAAAUCGUUACAAGGGCGAGGUGAUUUGGACGGAUCGUCGAGGUGGUCAUGGCGAGCAUCGCUGGGACCUGGCGCAGGGCAAACUCUGAGCUGCUCAACCCAUUUUGCAUAAACUCUCGCC